AUGUCUAGCGACAAUAGUUUAACAGAAGAGAGGCAAAUAGGUGGAUAUGGUGAUAUCACUCACCAUUAUGACUUAACUAAGAAAAUUUCGAGGGAAAAUAAUCCCAUGGAAGACAACGAUGUUGAUCCUAUGUAUGAACCUCCUCACAAUUACGACAUCUUAAGGGUCAAGAGUCACCCCGACCCAACGCAUCAAGAGCUAAAUGCAGAUGACCCCUGGAAAUACCCAGUUGAUGCUGAAACUGGUUUUAGAAUCGUCACAUUUGUUCCCGAUGAUAAAGACGAUCCUCGAACUUGGUCUAAAACUAGAAAGUGGUUCAUUACACUUGCGUUAGGAGUUGUGUGUUUUACAGUUGCCUUUUCAUCUGCCGCCGUUACUGGUGCUAUGGUUGGUCCAAAUGCACCAGGCGCAACAUUCAAUGUUUCUGAUGAAGUAGUCAUUCUGACAGUCACUCUUUUCGUUAUUGGUUUUGGUGUCGGUCCUUUGUUAUUCGCUCCCUUAAGUGAAGAAGUAGGAAGACGACCAAUCUAUGUCGUAACUCUUGCCCUGGCAGUAAUUUUUAUCAUUCCCUGUGCAGUAGCACAAAAUAUUGGAACCUUGCUAGUGGGCAGAUUCAUCGAUGGUAUCUUUUUCUCAGCUCCUUUAACAAUCAUCGGUGGUUCACUUGCUGAUAUGUGGGUCAACUCCGAGCGUGGUGUUGCCAUGGCUAUUUUCUCGGCAGCUCCAUUCUUGGGUCCUGCUGCUGGUCCUUUGGUGGGUGGUUUUGUCGGAGAUAAUGCCGGCUGGAGAUGGAUUUAUUACGUGAUGCUCAUCUUUGCAUUCUGUGUCUACGUGUUUUCAACUAUUUCUAUUCCUGAAACUCACCAUAAUACACUUCUUGCCAAGCGUGCUAAGAAGCUAAUCAAACUCACUGGUGAUACCAGAUACAAGACAGCCAAGCAACUAGUUCCCAAAUCCUUUGCUGAAACUGCAAAGGUCACCUUACAACGACCUCCUCAACUUCUUUGUGAAAUUAUUGUAUUCUUGGUCACAAUUUAUAUGGCCGUUCUUUACGGUCUUUUGUAUAUGUUUUUCUUUGCCUAUCCAGUAAUCUUUAUGGAAGGUAAAGGAUGGAGUGCUAGUCUCACUGGUCUCACUUUCAUUCCUAUCAUUGUGGGCGUUCUCAUUUCUACUGCUAUUUCUCCCUAUGUUAAUUCCGACUAUGUGCGACGUGCUAAUGCUUACCUUGACAAAGGCGAAGUACCCCCUGCUGAGCUUCGUUUGAUUCCAAUGAUGGUCGGUUGUUGGUUCGUUCCUAUUGGUCUGUUUAUUUAUGCCUGGACUUCUUAUCCCACCAUCUCUUGGGUAGGACCCACACUAGCAGGAUUACCAUGUGGAUUUGGUUUCAUUCUUAUUUACAAUUCUGCAACAAACUACAUUGUAGACUCGUAUCAACACUAUGCUGCUUCUGCCCUGGCUGCAAAGACAUUUGUCCGUUCGUUUUGGGGAGCAAGUGUCCCACUUUUCACUAUCCAAAUGUAUCACAGACUCGGUUAUGAGUGGGCAGGAAGCUUGUUAGCAUUCAUUUCUCUUGCUUGUUGUAUAAUUCCUUACUUGUUCUUCUUCUAUGGUGCUAAGAUCCGAGAGAGAUCUAAGUAUGCCUAUACCCCCGAAGUGACGAAAAACUAA